AGUCCGUAUUUUACAAGCAGCACCAAGAGUAGGUGUUUAACAAAACUAAAACGAAACAUACUGUAUUGACUUGCAUCGAUCGGUAGAAAUCUGUUUCCGUUUGCUCAUAUAUUAACUGGUAAAUUUCUGUUAUGUGAUAAAGGGGAGAGAAAACAAAAAGCAAGCCAUAUGAAGACACCAAAACGACUUUAACGCGAUUUGUGCUUUUUGGACGACAACCAGGGACAGGAAUUGACAUUUUUUUGCUUUGGCAUUUUUUUGUUGGACUGAGCAGUACCUGUUGCGAUGACAAUGAACCAGUUUUUUAUGCGUAAACUUUUACAAAAUGAUGGGACAGCAGCUGUGGAAACGCGGUCCGGACACGACGCCAUACCAUCCGGCCCUACUGGCACGGAAGGACCAUCUGGAGCUGAUGAAUUGAAAAACUUGGUAAACAAUCAGAUUAACGAUCUCAGUGCAAAGUUUGGUUUGCCUGUGUUUGCAGUAAUUGCUAUCGCCAUAGCAGCUCUUCUAAUACUCCUAUGUUGCUGUGUGUGUAUAUGUAAGAAAUGCUGUUGCAAAAAGAAGAAGAAGGAGAAGGGCAAGAAAGGACUGAAGGGGGCCGUUGACUUGAAGAGUGUUUCCAUGCUAGGAAACAGCUUGAAGGAACAGAUCCAGCCCGAUGUCGACGAACUUGAUACUGGAAUGGAGGAAGGAGAAGGAGACACAGACUCCGUUAAGUCGGAGGUUAAAUUGGGCAAACUGCAAUAUUCACUAGAUUAUGACUUCCAAGAAGGAAAGCUGUCGGUCGGCAUUAUUCAAUGUGCUGACCUUAUUGGUAUGGACAUGUCCGGAACGUCUGACCCUUAUGUAAAAGUAAUGCUGCACCCUGACAAAAAGAAAAAGUAUGAGACAAAAGUUCAUCGCAAAACACUCAACCCUGUUUUUAAUGAGAGUUUCACAUUCAAGGUUCCAUACAGCGAUAUAUCCAGCAAGACAUUGGUUAUGGCCGUGUACGACUUUGAUCGCUUUUCUCGCCAUGACAUUAUUGGUGAGGUACGCAUUAAACUGGGCUCUAUUGAUUUGGGAAGUGUGAUCGAGGAAUGGAGAGAUUUAGCAAGCGCUGAGGUGGAAGGAGCGGGAAAAUCAGAAAAUGGAGAUAUCUGCUUCUCACUGCGCUACGUGCCGACUGCUGGCAAAUUGACGGUUGUGAUUCUGGAGGCCAAGAACCUAAAGAAGAUGGACUUGUCUGGAUACUCAGAUCCAUACGUGAAGAUCUCAUUGUAUCUCGGUAACAAACGACUGAAAAAGAAGAAGACAACCAUAAAAAAGAGGACGCUGAAUCCCUACUACAACGAGUCAUUUGCCUUCGAAGUUCCUUUUGAACAGAUACAGAAAGUAUCUCUGACUAUUACAGUCUUGGACUGGGACCGUAUGGGUGGAAGUGAUCCUAUUGGCAAGGUGCAGCUAGGUUGUCAAGCAUCAGGGGCAGGGCUUCGUCAUUGGAGCGAUAUGUUGGCGUCUCCCAGGAGGCCCAUCGCUCAGUGGCAUACCCUGAUGGACGUCGAGGAGAAAUAAAUAGGCAGGAAUUUCUUAAACUAGUUUAAACUGGUUACAACUAGUAUCCUCUUAAUCUUCUCUAUAAAAUCAAAGCAUUCAGUCGAGUACCAUACUCGUGUUUUGUGUAUCGUUACAAUGUUAAAAAUUGUCCACUUGCCACUUGCCCGAAAAUAAUGGGCUGUCAUUUGGGCAAUCAAAAGUUGGCCGGUUGUUGCCAAUUCCUGUGGGUGAAUUUCUGGAUGAAAAUAUCAGAUAGAAAAAUAAAGUAGUUUGGAAAUUUCCAAUUAUGAGUUGUCGAUUGAUGAGCAAUUCUCAUGAAAGUUACCUGUGGGGGCAGCAUAACUAUCCGGUUAAAUUGAAAUCACAUUGUAAGACAUGUUUAUAUCAUUAGGUUCAGGCAAGUGGUUUUCUGUGGCCAUUGGCCGUAUGAACAUUAAGAUUUGGUAGAUACCUAGCCCUACCAUUGCUAUCCAAUCUGCUACAGCUAUGCUGCUUGAAACUUGUGUGCAACCCAAGAGAUGUUACUUAUUAUGUUCUUUUAUUUUUCUGUUGGAUUUCCCAUCUUAUAUCUUUAAGGUUUAAUGUCUAUAUUAUCAUAUAUUGUUAUUAUUAUUGAAUAUUUAUUAUUAUUACUAUAUUUAUUUAUUGUUCAUCUUAUGUGAAAUACCUGGACAUUUAAAAUAUUCACUUCUUUCAUUUAAAAAUUUAAAUUAUUCAUUCACACUAUGUGUGUUCAUUCUUCAUUAUCAAAUUAAGCAAUUAAAAAUCCUGAAUUUGGACUGGUUUACUCUAGAGCCUUGAAAAUAAUCAAAUCUUAACACUAUAUAUCUGGGAAAAUCCAAGGUUUGUCCUCUUUUCUUGCCUACUUGAAUAUUUGUCCUAAAAAAAUAAAAUAAUCAAAAAAAAUAUUAGUAAUAAUGGAUGUUAAAGUAAAAUUCCCAAAAGUUAUCAUUUCAUGGUAUUACAUUAUCUAGUGUUUAAAUGUUCUGUAUGGGUUUGUUUUCAUAGCAUGUUUGCAGCAUAACUCUUUCGUCUGUUUAAUUUUCCCCCAGCGUCAUCUAUUCCACUACAAUAUUUUGCUCUUUCAUUGGUUGUAAAACAAAAGCUCAUACCCUAAACUAUUUUGAAACUUGCGGUAUAUUUAUGAAGAUGUAACAAAUUAUAAUAUGCGUGCCCCAAGAUAUGAUUUGGUUAUAACAAGGAUUUUAUUACAGCAUAGAUUGGGAUUACUUAGCUGUGCAACAUUAUGUUAAAGUACAGUGGUUACAGUGUGCAAUUAUUUGCAUUGGAUUUAAGCUAAAAAAGCUCAAAAGAUGCCUUCUGAAAAUGCUGUAACUAAAUUGCACCCUCUAUUUUAGGAGAAGUAUUUUUGUGCAUUUUAUCAUCACCUUUUAUUGAUUUUAUCAUUCCAUGUUUUAUUCAUGCAAUUUUUUAACCAAGUCAUUCCUACAAAUUUCAGGGUAAACUAUUCACUUAUGUUUAAAGUGCAAAAGAUAUAUAAAAAAAAAGUUGUGGGAAAACAUAAUUAUGAAAAUUAGACGGAUAUUUAAUAUUAAUAAAAUAUUUAUAGAUUACUUGAUAUCUAAAAAAGCAAUAUAUUUAAGAGUUUUAAUGGGCUUUCCAGUGUAUUUUCACUUCUUUAUGAAAAGAUGUUAGAAAAUAUGAACUGUGCAAAUUUUAGUAAAGCUUUGUUUAAAAAAUGCUGAUACCUUCAUUAUUUAUUGAUGUCAUUAAUAGCAUUCCACUUACAAAGCACAAAUGAGAGACAGCAUUAUUUGCAAUCAGAAAUGUUGUUUCUUGUAUUUUAAUCAUUCCUUUUUAAAAAUCUUUUAUCAGUGAAUGGAUUUCUUCUGUCUCUAGUAAUGGUGUUGGGAAAUGUACCCUGGGCUAAAAAACCAAAAAACUUGCUGAGUAGUGCAGCCUCUAAUUGUUUCGCUGGCAUAAGAUAAAAAAAACUAGUUGAAUAGCAUCCAGGCUUUCUGUUGAUAACACUACCAGCACCAGUGCUCUUGCUUGAGUCAGAUAGCUCCUACCUCUUCGUUUCUAUUGCUGUAUCUUAACAUUUGAUGUACAGUAAUACAUUACUUAUGUUGCAAAGAAUGGUAGAUGUAAUGGAGUAAAAUAUAUCGCCAACAUUUUAGAUCACGUAAUACCAAAACAAAAACAAUGUUUAGUGAAAUUGCAUGUGUAAGCCUGACCGCCGCGUUAUGUUUUUGUUUAGAUGUGUGGAUUCUUGAUUCUUAAUUUGAUCUCAUUUUAUCAAGAUAAUAAUUAAUUACAAACUAUAAAUCGAUUAUUCAAUAUUUGAGAUAAUUUAACCUAUAAAUUAACCUACAACUUGUCAUGUGGUUGUAAACGAGCCAAUAUUUAAAUCCCGUUGUACUUAAUUUUAAUGAAUGAAAUGUUACAUUAUAAACAUUUUAAGUUCAUAUAUAUGUUUUUAAUUACUUCAGGAUCUUAGUUUCUGGGUAACAAUAGAUGAUAUUUUUUUUUGUGUGUAUUAUUGAAUCAAGCAUCCACAUUAAUACAAUUUUGAUGCGAAAGAAAUAAUGAUAUAUAUUUAUGUUUAUUUGUGUUGUAGAUAUGAUAAUAUGCAGUAUAUCGAUCAGUUAUGGAUAAGUGAUAGCGUAUGAUAAAUGUUAAUAAUUGGAACUGUAAUACUUUUAGAAUAUGUAGAUAUUGCUUCUGUGUGUAUGUGUAUAUAUAUUAUAUAGGCGUACGCCAAACUCAUCCUCCGUUGUAAGUUAGUCAGUGUUGUUAUCCCUUCAAGUGGUAUUCUGGUGAAGUAUUUAUUAUCUGUUCUGAUGAUCCACUCAAAAUAUGUUUUAAUUAUUUUCGCUGCCAGUUAUUUCGUUGAAAUUUUAGGCAAGCUAAAAACAAACAAAAAAAAAUCCUAGGGGUUUCUUUCCGAAAUCUUAUGCUUCAUUAUGACCUAAAAAUCUUUGAAUUUAACCUAAAAAAUGACAAUAUUCUAACCUAAAAUUAUUGGUAAAUUUUUGGUAAUGGAAUGUAUUCAGGCUAUGCUUAUUUUCAUGACACGGAACUUUAACUCAGCGAGUUAAUAUAGAAAAAGCCGAUGGUCCUAGUCCAGACGAUAAUGCGACACAAAAUAACAACUUAUCUAAAAGCUUCUAUGAGGCAUGUGCGAGUCACAUAAUUUUAAAAAUUAAACAUAUCUUGGUAUAAUAACAUAUCAUUCUGCCAUUAUACAUGAGAUAGCUAGAUAAUGACCAUGCAAUAAUGCAGGCUUAGUACAUGUACACAAAAUAGCUAGGAUGUACACUGUAUUGUAAGGACGCUGCAAUAUUGUAGGUUGUGGUUGCCGGUUGCAAACCGUCUGGACUAACAAGGUCUGGUGUUCCGUGUCAGUAUUCUAUUUGUGAAAUGUCGGUGUUGUAUAUAGCGUGUACUGAAUAAAGGCGUCAAGCCAUAUAGUCUUCAGAAAA